CGAGGCGUCGCGCCGCCGACGAUAGCGGUCGAGGACGACUGUGUUAAUUGAACCGCAUUCUUUAUCGAUCGACUCUGAACCGUCGCGUCGCGUGCGUCUCUUUCGUGGUCCACAGUACAGUCGCCGUGUGAGUAGAAUGGUUUUGUGACGAUGAUCGAUCAGUCCACUUCGUUUCAGACUCCUUCUAUUCUCUCGGAAGGUCCAAAAGUGAUUUGAAAGCCACGACCGAAGGCACCCCUCGCCGCCACUCGCGACGGCGCCAUGGACGCGCAGAACAGCUCGAGAAUCGUGUACGAGUCCGAUACCGUGACGUACCUGCGCCGCGGCUCUCUGAAUAUCCUCGAUGCCCUCGCUGUGCAGCUGCCGGACGUCUUCAUAGGCGAGAUACUGCCCAAGCUCGACCUGACAGAUACGCUCAACUUGGCGCAGGUGAGCAAGGCGUACAGGGACGCGGUGUGGAGCGUUGGCGGCGUUCAGUCGAUGGAGGCGAAGCUCGUCGCACACGAGGCACACUUGGUAAAGACGGGGACGAAAUUACUGUUCCCUGCAAUGCCUCCGAUGCACUACGCGGCAAAGCACGGCAACUUGCGCGCGGUCAGGGCCUUCCUGCAGUCUGGGGCAUGGGCACGGGGAGAUGAAAAUCUGCUCGGGUGCCUGUGGUGCAGCUCGAAAGCUUGCCAAUCUUCCUCUAUCUACAGCCACGCGGCGGUGGUGAAGGAAAUGAUCCAAGCCGGUGCCGAUGUGAACAUGACAAUAUCGCGUCCUAUUAGGGACCGCCCGGGGAAAACGCUUUCGAAUAUUACUCCUUUGUUCGCCGCCGCUGCGCUAGGUCACACGCCAUGUGUCAUGGAACUCAUCAAGGCGGGUGCAGACGUGAACAUCGCGAGGUCCGACGGCAAAACCCCACUUCACAUGGCGGCUUAUAAUGAACACGAAGGAUGCGUGGCCUCGCUUAUCCAAGCCGGGGCAGACAUUCACAAAGUCGUUGAUGAUGGCUGUACGCCAAGAUAG